AUGACUGUGGUGGUGGUGAUUGUGAUGAUGAUGGCUGUGAUGACUGUGGUGGUGGUGAUUAUGUAAUUCACGCUGGGCACCCAUCCAAGCAUUACACAGGGGCCCCGCACCCUCCUGCCAUACCCGCGACAUUCCGAAUCUGGGGUUAAUUUUUCUUGUUGCAUUCCAGCAAAAUGUAGAACCGAACAGAACAAACCCGGUUUAGAACCCUGGUUGCCGAAUUUGCCGCACCUACAGAUAUCUAUCGCAAUAAAGCCCGUCACAACGCCCCUGCCUUGUGCGUGCAAUGUGUUCGUUGAACUUCUUUCGCACCGCCGUCACGUGGCCCACCGCGCUUCGCAUCGGAGGUGCAGCGUGCCGGGGCUGUCGCCGGAUCCACGCCACCUCCCCGGCUCGCGCUCGUGUAAACAACGACGCGAGUUGCUUACCGAGUUGCAAUCGGCAAUGAACGGUAACACCGACAUCGCCUACCCGGUUCGCGACUCGUGAAGCCCGCGUGUGAUUUUCAAAACGGUUACCGGUUACCGUUUGGCAACCCUCGUCAAUGCACAAAAGAUCAAGCUCCCCCCUGGCACCGCCCCCGCCGCGUCGAACCUUCGCAGACUGUUGGGGCAAGUGCGCUCUCGGCGAGCAGCCUCUGAAGUGUUCGUAGCGCAGUGUUCGUAGCGGAGGAGAGCAGAGAGAGAGGAGGAGGACUGCACCCGUGGGUCCCAGCCUCGUCGAGGUGUGGAGGCCGCCCGCUGAGAUGAGGCGACAUCGGCCCGGAGCGGUCCCUGGCGCGGAGGAGCUCCACCACAACCACAACCACCAGGGCCUAGGAGGGCCGCACGCCGGCCGCAAGGACCCCCUGGACCGCGCGGCAGUGCAGGGAGACAACACCCCCGAGGUGCUCACCCGGGCCCUGUCGGGCCUCUCCAGCAGAUGGAGGAACAUGUGGGUGCGGUGCAUUCUGGGAAUCGCGAUGUUCUCCUCCUACUGGCUGCUCAUCUACACUGGGCCGAUCGGCCUCAUCGCCAUGGUGUUGGUGCUGCAGGCCAAGUGCUUCCACGAGAUCAUUGGGAUCGGGUACGUGGUCUACAACUCCUACAAACUGCCCUGGUUCCGCUGCCUCAGCUGGUACUUCCUGCUGUGCACCAACUACUUCUGCUACGGGGAGACGGUGGUCGACUACUUCUCCACGGGGUUGCACCUGGGCGGCACGGUGCGCAUGCUCAUGCGCUACCACCGCUUCAUCUCAUUCAUGCUCUACCUGGCAGGGCUGUGCAUGUUUGUGCUGAGUCUGGUGAAGCGGUACACCAGGCUGCAGUUCUACAUGUUUGGCUGGACGCACAUCACGCUCCUGCUCAUCGUGACCCAGUCUCACCUCGUCAUUCACAACCUCUUCGAGGGCAUGAUCUGGUUCGUGUUCCCCAUGUGCGUGGUGAUCUGUAACGACAUCGCUGCCUACAUCUUCGGAUUCUUCUUCGGGAGGACGCCCCUCAUCGAGGUAUCGCCCAAGAAGACGUGGGAAGGAUUCAUCGGUGGCUACAUCUCGACACUCGUGUUUGGAAUCCUGCUGUCCCACGUGCUGUGCGGGCACCGCUACUUCGUGUGCGCCGUGGAGCCGAGCGGUGGGACGGCGGCGAGGGCCGCAGCCUUCACAAUGGAGUGCGAGCCCUCGGAGAUGUUCCGGCUCACGCGGUACCACGCGCCAGCGCUGCUGCACCACGUCACCGGCAUCGAGAGCCUCUGGCUCUAUCCGUUCCAGCUGCACGCUCUCGCCCUUUCCUCCUUCGCGUCUCUCGUCGGCCCCUUUGGGGGGUUCUUUGCCAGCGGCUUCAAGCGCGCCUUCCAGAUCAAGGACUUCUCGAGCAGCAUUCCGGGCCACGGCGGAAUCGUGGACCGCGUGGACUGCCAGUACGUGGUGGGCACCUUCACCCACGUCUACAUCAGCACCUUCAUCCGGGCUCCAAACGUGAAUAAAAUUAUUCAGCAACUUCUGACGUUGAAGCCCGAGCAGCAACUGCAGAUUUUCAACCAACUCAAGGAUCAGCUUCUCAGCAGGGGUCUCAUUUGACCACCACGUGGCUCCUGGUUGAGGAGGCUUUAAACUCAACUACAUACAAACACCACAACCACCACCUCCACAACUCUCCUCUUUUCUCCAAAUUCCGAGGAGCACCAGGGGCAAGCCCUCAUCCCAUGCCCCUCCCCACUCAAGGACACCGUCUCAGCUGGGGUUAUGGGCCUUCUUCUCCAGCACGGGAGCGAGUAUUUCUCUCUCUCUCUCUCACUCGCUCGCUCUCGCAGCGUCGAUAAAUUUCAGAAGGAAGUUUCUGAGUUUUGGUCAGCGAAACAAGAUGAAGAGUGAGGAGGAAACACCGCCGUUGCGAUGCUGUCUCCUGGGAGCACGAUGCCCGGCCCUGGGGGGGGGGGUCCGCGUUUGUCACCCGGAGUGGCGAUGCCCUCAAGGUCGGCGGUCCGUCAGAAAGAUGAUGUUAUAUUUGUCUCACAACACACCAGAUGGGUUGUCAUUCAUAAUAAGAUAUUUUCGGGUGAGGCCACGAAGUGAUCUGGCCAGAUUUAUCUCGGAAGAUCUCCCCCCCCCCCACCACCACACGACACGGCCAAGCAAAUGAAGUUGUCACGUGGUGUGCAGACGUUUCAUGACGUGCCGACUAUAGCGUACCUGUCAACCCCUUAUUAGUGCCUACCUUAUUACAGACCAAUUCAGGCCUUAUUUGUCACCCCGUGCCCUUAAAAGUUCAACGUUCAUCCUACAAAGUCCCAUCAAAAGGGAGAAACACAA